AUGACAGAAAGCACCAAAAUAAUCGUAAACGUAAAGUGCACACAACCUCUCGUAAAACAAGUUCAACAAUAUGUUGUCUCGUCCACGUUAGGACCGGCUCUGGGCGGACGCCGGCCUCCGAGCGCGUCCCGUUUGACUCACAGGAGAGCACUGCGAGUGCAUCGAGAUGCAUUCCGUUUCUUAAUUUUGAUCGAGUUUAAAUACCUGGUCCUCGGGGUGGCAGAUCGGCGUACUGCGCAGCGUGGCGAGGCGACUGUUUGGGACGCGCCAUGGCGGCGGAGUGGCCGACCGGCGGCGGGCCGGGCACAUGCGGCGGUUGCGGGCUGCCACGCCGCUACCUUUCUACACACGUCACCCACCCAUCGCUGGCGC